AUGGUGCUUCAUCAGUACGAUUACAUCUUUGCCCUCGGCACCAUCUUUUCUUUCCUUGAUGCCUGGAACAUCGGUGCCAACGAUGUCGCCAACUCGUGGGCUACAUCGGUCUCAUCCCGAUCCAUCAGCUACCUCCAGGCCAUGACCCUUGGUUCCAUCCUCGAAUUUGCUGGAUCCGUCGGUGUCGGUGCUCGUGUCGCUGAUACCAUCCGUACCAAGGUCGUCGACCUGGACCAGUUCGAGUCCGACCCCGCCCUUCUUAUGCUCGGUAUGAUGUGCGCCAUCGCCGCCUCUUCGAUCUACCUCACCUUCGCCACUCGCAUCGGUCUUCCUGUCUCGACUACUCACUCCAUUAUGGGUGGUGUUAUUGGUAUGGGUGUUGCUCUCGUCGGUGCUGAGGGUAUCCACUGGGCUGAACUGGACAAGGGAAUCAGCUCUGGUGUUGUCUCAGUUUUCCUGGCUUGGAUCAUUGCCCCUGGUCUGUCUGGUGCUUUUGCCGCUAUUAUCUUCCUUAUCACCAAGUACGGUGUCAUGCUUCGAAGCCAGCCUGUCUGGAAGGGUCUCUUCCUUACUCCCGUCUACUUCGGUAUCACUGCUUCUCUGCUUACCAUGCUCAUCGUCUGGAAGGGUGGCAGCAUUGAGAUCACCUUUACUGACGCCGAGACUGUUGGCAUGAUCAUUGGUGUCGGUGCUGCUUGGGCUCUCAUCAUUUCCAUCUUCCUCCUCCCUUGGCUCUACCGCAUCGUCAUCUGUGACGACUGGCAGCUUCGAUGGUGGCACAUCAUCCAGGGCCCUCUUCUUCUUAAGCGCCCUCCCCCUCCUGCCCAGCCCGAUGGUGCUGAAGGUGGUAUCAAGGAUUUCUACGAGGGGCAUAUGACCAAGGAAGAGCUUUCCGAGCUUCGCCGCGCCGGCCGUGAGGGUAGUGACGAGUUUGUCCGCGCCCAGGACCAGACCAGCAACGAAGGCAAGGAGAGUUCUACCGAGAACAAGGUCAUGACUCCUCCUUCAGAGGGCACCGAUGACGCUGCUGAGCGCGUGGAACCCAAACCCCGACGCAGCCUCAUCGGAGAGAAGCCUGAAGGCCGUCUUUUCAGCGGUGCUGUCUUGUUCUGGUACCUCAAGAAGGCUUUCCUCUCUGGUGUCGACCAGGAUAUCCUUGCCAUGCAAAACAAGAAGAGCAUUCUUACCGGCGAUCUUGACGAGAUCCACUCUAACGUUGCUCACUACGACAAUCGCGCCGAGUACCUGUACACAUUUAUGCAAGUCAUGACUGCUUGUACUGCCUCUUUCACUCACGGUGCGAACGAUGUCGCCAACGCCAUUGGUCCUUAUGCUACUAUCUACCAAAUCUGGAGAACUGGCACUCUUGACGGUAGCAAGUCCGAAGUUCCCGUCUGGAUUCUUUGCUUCGGUGGUGCUGGUAUUGCUCUUGGUAUCUGGACUUAUGGAUACAACAUCAUGCGCAACCUUGGUAACCGUCUGACUCUCCACUCGCCUUCUCGAGGUUUUAGUAUGGAGCUUGGUGCCUGUAUCACAGUCAUCCUUGCCACCCGUCUUAAGCUCCCUGUCUCAACUACCCAGUGUAUCACCGGUGCCACCGUCGGUGUCGGUCUCUGUUCCGGCACUUGGCGCUCUAUCAACUGGCGCAUGGUUGCUUGGAUUUACAUGGGCUGGAUGAUUACCCUUCCUGUUGCUGGUAUUAUUUCUGGCUGCAUCUGCGGUAUUAUUAUCAACGCUCCUCGCUGGGGCUACAGUGGUUAA